AUGACUGAACUCCUCGAUCUGGGGGAACACGAACCGGGGAAUCCCCGAAAUACUUCUCAGAGGGAACUCCUGGUGAACUGGGAAUUUAUUUCCGUCGAUCCAGGAACGACUAGUCGUCAUCACUGCGCGACAUGUGGAAGAAGUUACAAACGUCGGACACAUUUGUAUCGACAUUUUAAAUACGAAUGCGGUGCCUCCUGCAGAUUUCGAUGUCCUCACUGUCAUCAGGACUUCCGUCAACGCUCCAGGGUGUGGACGCACAUCAGGUCGCUUCAUAGAAACGCCGAACUGUACUGCCUCGAUACGGGAACAAACGAGAAGUUGUACUACGAAAUUAGAAAUAAGAGGGAGAUUUGCACCCUCGGCUCAAUUCCGGUUAAUACUGGCCGAACCUCGGCCCAAUGUCGGCCAAUACUGGCCGAGCCUCGGCCCAAUGUCGGCAAAUACUGGGCGAGUCUCGGUCCAAUUCCGGUUAAUACUGGCCGAGCCUCGGCCCAAUGUCGGCAAAUACUGGGCGAGCCUCGGCCCAAUGUCGGCAAAUACUGGGCGAGUCUCGGUCCAAUUCCGGUUAAUACUGGCCGAGCCUCGGCUCAAUGUCGGCCAAUACUGGCCGAGCCUCGGCCCAAUGUCGGCAAAUGCUGGGCGAGUCUCGGUCCAAUUCCGGUUAAUACUGGCCGAGCCUCGGCCCAAUGUCGGCCGUUCGUUAUCUCCUACCAGGGUGAAACUCGUCAGGAGGUGGAGUUUAUUGCGGUUAAUCCUGACGCUGGUAAUCGUCACGGGUGUUCAACGUGUGGGAAGACGUACAAACGACGAACUCAUCUGAUUCGUCAUCUGAAGACUUGUCACGGUGCAGAAGCCCUUCUAUCUGAUUAUCUUCCAGAUAAAACGAUCGAUUUGGAAUUUGCGUUUGUGAAUAUUGAUUUAUUGAGUAUUCACAACUGCGUCAAAAGUGGAAACUCGAUAAUUUCGUCAAACUUUAUGUGCAUUAACAUUAAAACGAGUCAGAAGUUACAUUAUGACACCACAGACGAAACGAUGGAAUUGGAAUUUGUGUCCGUGAACAUCGAUCCCUUGAGUAUUCACAACUGCACCAAAUGCGGAAAGACCUACAAACGUCGGACCCAUUUGCUUCGUCACCUCAAGUACGAGUGCGGGGACAUCCGGAGAUUUCUCUGCCCCCACUGCGGACAACUCUUCCGACAGCGCGACUGGAUCUGGAUCCACAUCAAGAAACAUCACAAGUGUUCAGUGCUCUACUAUGAAACACCGCAGUUGGAAUUUGUGUCAGUGAACAUCGAUCCAUUGACUAUUCACAACUGCACAAAAUGCGGAAAAACCUACAAGCGUCGAACCCAUUUGCUUCGUCACCUCAAGUUCGAGUGCGGUGACAUCCGGCGAUUUCUGUGCCCUCACUGCGGACAACUGUUCCGACAACGCGACUGGAUUUGGAUUCACAUUAAAAAAAAUCACAAGGAUUCAGUCCUCUAUUGUAUCGACACAACAACGAAGAAGAAAUUAUACCACAUCAGUGUGACCGAUCGAGCACAAGUUGACUCGGACGAUUGA